CCCGGCUUUACUCCAAGGACCUUUUCUGCUUGUUCGUUACAUUCUCAAGAUGAAGCACUCGAUGGUUACAGCAGUGCUGGUAGUACUGGUGCAGGUUUCUCAGAGUUUCCCUGCCUUGUACCAUCGAGGCUGGUGGAGGCUGUUACAGGAAGGAGACGGUUGUGGAAAAUGCGAUUUGGCACUUUGCUCUGAGCCUAAAGACUGUCCAGCUGGGACUGUAUUGGACCGUUGCGGCUGCUGUCCUGAAUGUGGAAAUGUAGAAGGUCAGAUCUGCGACUUGGAUCAGGGCAAUCACUUUUAUGGGCAAUGUGGGGACAACCUGGAGUGCAGGCUGGAUACUGAUGAAGCAAGGUUUGGGGAAGUCCCUGAGCCCCAGUGUGUGUGCAAGUCUCAAGAGAGUAUCUGCGGACCUGAAGGGAAAACCUAUGAGAACAUCUGUCAAUUCAACAAGGCUUAUGCUACAAAAAGAAAUAUCAGCAUGAAACAUAAAGGACCAUGUGAAUCAGCUCCUGUUAUUUCUAUGCCACCUCAGGAUGUCCAGAAUUUCACAGGCAAUGAUGUCAUUUUUGGCUGUGAGGUGUCAGCCUAUCCUAUGCCACACCUUGAAUGGAAAAAAAAGGGGAGUAAAAUGUUUCUGCCAGGAGAUGACACCCACAUCUCAGUACAGGCAAGAGGUGGGCCUCAGAAGUACGGUGUGACAGGCUGGCUGCAGAUUCAAGGGCUCAAAAAAUCAGAUGAAGGCGUUUACAUCUGCCACACCAAAAAUAAGUAUGGUGCAACAUAUGCCUCCGCAAGAUUGAAAGUCAUUGAUGGCUUAUCUCCUGCAUUUGCAUUUACUGAUGGCAGUAGAAGUGCAAGCUACAGCAUUGAAUAUGGGGACUAUUAUGACGAUUCUGAUGAUGAAGAUGAGGAAGAAUAUGAAUCCGGGGACUAUGAAAAUUGAAACGACUCUGAAUAAUAAUUUUUAUACAUUUGUUGUCUAAUACCUUUCACACUCUGUUAUAUUUACUAGUAGUCUCUAUGCUGUAAAUGGCUCCCCUGAUAACACACAUAUUCACUUGUGUAUUUACCUUCCUGAAAUUCAACUUUGGCUGAAGUGUAUCAUGCUACUUACCAGAAAUAAGAAUAGUUGUAAAUUCAUACAUUUUAACUGUUAAAUAAAAUUCUUA